AUGUCGUACGUUCGCAAAUACGGCCGCCCUGACCUCUACAUAACAUUCACAUGCAAUCCACAGUGGGAUGACAUAAAAAUCAAUUUGUUUGAAGGUCAGACACCAACAUACCGUCUCGAUAUAACAGCACGUGUAUUUCGACAGAAAUUGAAAGCGCUGAUGGAUUUGAUUAUUAAAUUUCGAGUAUUUGGAGAGGUGCGUUGUUGGAUGCACUCGAUCGAAUGGCAAAAGAGAGGGCUGCCGCAUGCACACAUAUUGAUAUGGCUGAUACGUAAAAUAACACCGGAUCAAAUUGAUAGCAUUAUAUCAGCUGAGAUUCCAGAUGAAAUUGCUGAUCCAAAAUUAUUUGAAGUUGUCAAGAAGAAUUUGAUCCACGGUCCUUGCGGUGUACUCAAUUUAAAUUCUCCAUGCAUGAUCGAUGGAAAAUGUUCAAAACGGUACCCAAAAGCAUUGACUUCUGACACAAUAACAGGUGAUAAUGGAUAUCCGUUGUACCGACGUUGGUCUACGGAAGAUAAUGGCCAUACGGUAACAAUUAGAAUGCAAAAUCAAGACAUUGAAUUUGAUAAUCGUUGGGUAGUUCCAUACUCACCACUACUGUUGAAAAUAUUUAAGGCACACAUUAACGUUGAACAUUGCAAUUUGUUCAAAUCGAUCAAAUACAUUUGCAAGUAUGUCAACAAAGUGAUAUGGCUGUUUUCGAAGUAG